AUGGCUAUUACCAAGAGCUACACCAGAAGUGACAAUUCAACUUCAUAUAAUAGUUACAAAGUGGCAAGUUUGACCGAAACCAUAUUAGACACAGACCAAAUCUCUAAUUUGAAGGAUCGAUAUGUUCUUGGAGAGCAGUUGGGGUGGGGGCAGUUUGGUAUCAUAAGAGCAUGCUCUGACAAGCUGACAGGAGAGGUUUUGGCCUGCAAAUCUAUUGCAAGAGUUAGGUUGGUUACUUCAGAUGAUCUGCAGAGUGUUAAACUUGAGAUUGAGAUAAUGACUAGGUUAUCAGGGCACCCAAAUGUUGUAGAUCUUAAGGCGGUUUAUGAAGAGGAAGAUUUUGUUCAUUUGGUGAUGGAGCUUUGUGCUGGAGGAGAGUUGUUUCAUUUGUUAGAGAAGCAUGGACGGUUUUCCGAAUUUGAAGUCCGGGUUCUCUUUAGGCAUCUCAUGCAGAUGGUUUUGUAUUGUCAUGAGAAUGGGGUUGUUCAUAGAGAUUUGAAGCCUGAAAACAUUCUCUUGGUAACUAGAUCUUCUUCAUCUGCUAUAAAACUGGCAGACUUUGGGCUUGCAACCUACAUCAAGCCUGGACAGAGUUUGCACGGGUUGGUUGGGAGUCCAUUCUAUAUAGCUCCAGAGGUACUGGCAGGUGCAUAUAAUGAAGCUGCUGAUGUUUGGAGUGCAGGGGUUAUUCUUUACAUUCUACUGAGUGGGAUGCCUCCAUUUUGGGGAAAGACAAAGUCACAGAUAUUUGAAGCUGUUAAGACUGCUAACCUGAGGUUUCCAUCUGAGCCUUGGGAUUGCGUUUCUGAAUCGGCUAAGGAUUUGAUUAGGGAAAUGCUCUGCACCGAAUCUUCUCAAAGGCUCACUGCCAAGGAGGUUUUGGAUCAUCACUGGAUGCAAAACAAUCAAACGUAUCCUGAACAACUAAGUGAAAAUAAAAGUAGAAGUUGUGGGGAGUGGAAUGCUGGUAGCAACUCAUUCUCUAUCAUGUUUAUGUCCAGGAAUAAAGAUAUCAGCUUUGGCGCUGAAUCUCCUACAUGUGGUGCCCAAUCGCCUAUAUUCACAUGCAAAUCAUCAUUUUCUUCUUCCUCUUUUGAGGAACCAGUGACACCUUUUUCUGUUUCUGGUGAAUUUUCAUUUCAGAGCUCAGGUGCUUCCACUGAUUUGGAAUUUUCUUCUCCUAUUCCCUCAAUGCCUAGCUUUUCAUUUCUCAGCUCCAGUUCUGUUGAGCAAAGGGGUUGUAUAUCGCAAUUCCUAACUAAAACAUCAAAUUUAAAUGCAAUUUCUGGAGAUUCUCCCCUUUGCUUUGGACAUGAUGUUAAAAAGAUAGAUUGCAAGCCCGUAGAGAGUAAAAGGGCUGGCGGAACAAACGGGCAUUUGGCAUUGGGAUUCCACAACAAGAGAAACCGGACAAUUGGAUUUGGCGAGCAUGAGCAACUUGAUCUUAUGGUCACUGAAUCGGUCAUUCGAUGGUCAUCAUGCACCCAACUUCCUACGUCACCAAGAUCGUCUCUUAGCCGUUCUUUGCUUUGGAUACGCAGACUUCAAUCUUCAUCAAUGGAAUCCUCUGCCAACAACAAAGAGCAAGUGCAGCCCGCACCCGAAGACCCCGAGAAGAAAAAGAAGAAGGAAGAAAAGGCUAGAGAGAAACAAUUGAAGAUAGAGAAGUUUCUUCUUAAGCAAGCUCAGCAACAAGCACAGCAAUCAUCCAAUGCUUCCAAAAAGAGUGAAAAGAAAGUUGUGAAGCGUGGUGCGGAGGAUGAGAAUGCCGAAGAUUAUGUUGAUCCUGAGACUCCAUUGGGUGACAAAAAGCGUAUGGCUCGGCAAAUGGCAAAGCAGUAUAGCCCAACUGCCGUGGAGAAAUCGUGGUAUGAGUGGUGGGAGAAAUCAAGGUUUUUUGUGGCGGAUGUUAACAGCUCCAAACCACCUUUUGUUAUUGUUUUGCCCCCUCCAAAUGUGACUGGUGCUCUCCAUAUAGGUCAUGCUCUAACUGCCGCAAUAGAGGACACAAUGAUUCGGUGGAGGAGAAUGUCUGGAUACAAUGCCUUGUGGGUGCCUGGGAUGGAUCAUGCUGGGAUUGCUACGCAGGUAGUUGUGGAGAAAAAGAUAAUGCGGGAAAGAAAACUAACCAGGCAUGACCUGGGCCGUGAGAAAUUUGUCUCUGAGGUUUGGGAGUGGAAACACAAGUAUGGUGGCACGAUAUUACAACAAUUACGCCGAUUAGGAGCCUCUUUGGAUUGGUCUCGUGAGUGCUUUACAAUGGAUGAAAGAAGAUGUAAGGCUGUGACAGAGGCUUUUGUAAGGCUUUACAAGCAAGGUCUUAUCUAUAGGGACCUCCGUUUGGUGAAUUGGGAUUGUGUUUUACGAACUGCAAUAUCUGAUAUUGAGGUGGAUUAUAUUGACAUAAAAGAGAAGAGUCUACUAAAGGUUCCAGGAUAUGAUAAACCAGUGGAGUUUGGAGUUUUAACAAAGUUUGCAUACCCUUUGGAAGGGAACCUAGGUGAAAUUGUUGUUGCCACGACUAGAAUUGAAACUAUGCUUGGCGACACUGCCAUUGCCAUACAUCCUAAUGAUGACAGAUAUAGCCAUUUUCAAGGAAAAUAUGCUAUUCAUCCAUUUAAUGAAAGAAAACUUCCUAUAAUUUGUGAUGCUAUUCUUGUUGAUCCAAAGUUCGGAACUGGUGCUGUUAAGAUUACACCUGCCCAUGAUCCAAAUGAUUUUGAGGUAGGAAAACGUCACAACCUUGAAUUCAUUAAUGUUUUCACAGAUGAUGGUGAAAUAAAUUCCAAUGGUGGGCCUGAUUUUUUGGGCAUGCCACGGUUCAAAGCUCGAGAGGCAGUAACAGAAGCAUUACGGAAGAAGGGUCUUUAUCGAGGAUCUGAAAACAAUGAAAUGCGCCUUGGGGUUUGUUCAAGAAGCAAUGAUGUUGUGGAGCCCAUGAUAAAGCCCCAGUGGUACGUCAAUUGCAAUGAUUUGGCCAAGCAAGCUCUUAAUGCUGCUUUGGAUGAGGAAAACAAAAAGCUAGAGAUUGUUCCAAAACAAUAUUUGGCUGAUUGGAAGAGAUGGCUAGAAAACAUUUGUGAUUGGUGCAUUUCACGACAGCUAUGGUGGGGUCACCAAAUACCUGCAUGGUAUGUCACUUUGGAGGAUGAUAUGCUGCGGGAAUUUGGUGCUUAUACUGAUCAUUGGCUAGUGGCAAGAAAUGAAGAGGAAGCCCAAAAAGAAGCUAGCCAGAGGUAUAAUGGAAAGAAGUUUCAUUUAAGCCAGGAUCCUGAUGUUCUUGAUACAUGGUUUUCUUCUGGUCUUUUCCCAUUAUCUGUGCUGGGAUGGCCUGAUGACACUGAGGACCUGAAGACAUUCUAUCCAACUUCUGUUCUGGAAACUGGCCAUGAUAUCCUCUUUUUCUGGGUUGCCCGAAUGGUGAUGUUAGGAUUGAAGUUGGGUGGUGAUGUGCCUUUUUCAAAGAUCUAUAUGCAUCCCAUGGUUCGUGAUGCACAUGGACGCAAGAUGUCCAAGUCCUUAGGAAAUGUUAUUGAUCCCAUUGAAGUGAUAAAUGGGAUAUCACUGGAAGGUCUACAUAAGAGGUUAGAGGCCGGUAACUUGGACCCCAAAGAACUAGCCACUGCUAUAGAGGGUCAAAAGAAGGACUUUCCAAAUGGUAUUGAUGAAUGUGGUGCUGAUGCUCUCCGUUUUACAUUGGUUUCAUACACAGCUCAGUCUGACAAAAUUAACCUAGAUAUUCAGAGGGUGGUUGGGUAUCGCCAAUGGUGUAAUAAAAUGUGGAAUGCAGUACGAUUUGCUAUGAGCAAGCUUGGGGAUGAUUAUAUUCCACCUGCAGAAUUGAAUCCAGACGUGCUUCCAUUUAGCUGCCAGUGGAUACUCUCAGUGUUGAAUAAAACCAUAACAAAAACAGUGAAGUCUCUAGAAUCAUUUGAAUUCUCACAAGCUACAACUGCUGUGUUUUCUUGGUGGCAGUAUCAAUUAUGUGAUGUAUUUAUCGAAGUGAUUAAGCCUUACUUUACUGGUAAUGAUCCUAAGUUUGCUACCGAAAGACGCUUUGCACAAGAUACUUUGUGGUUUUGUCUGGACAAUGGCCUUCGAUUGCUUCAUCCGUUUAUGCCUUUUGUCACGGAAGAACUGUGGCAACGCCUUCCUUCACCCAGGGAAUGUAAGAGAGCAGAAUCUAUCAUGAUAUGCGAUUAUCCAUCAACAGUAGAGGGAUGGAAUAAUGAAGCGGUGGAGAAUCAGAUGGAUAUUAUUGAGUCUACUAUUAAGUCUCUCAGGUCACUGGCAAAAGAAAGACGUGACAGGCGACCGGCUUUUGCUCUCUGCCGAACACAGGUGGUUACUGAGAUUAUUAAGAGCCAUCAACUGGAGAUUGUAACAUUAGCUAAUCUAUCCUCUCUGACAGUAAUUGCUGAAACUGAUGCUAUUCCAUCUGGAUAUGCUGAAGCUGUUGUAAAUGAAAGCAUUUCUGUUUAUUUAGAGUUUCAAGGAACUAAUUCUGCAGAGGCAGAGCAAGGGAAGAUCAAGAAGAUAGAUGAACUGAAGAAGCAAAUAGAAAGACUAGAGAAGAUGAUGAAUGCUCCAAGUUAUGAAGAGAAGGUUUUGCCAAAUAUUCGAGCAAAGAACCAGGAGAAGCUAGAUUCUCUAAAGGAGCGUUUAUUGCUUGAGGAAACGGCUGGUCUGAGUCUCUAG